AUGAGUUUAAAAACGCAUCUGUUUUGCCGAUGUUGUUACAUGGAACUGUUAUACAUUAAGGAGUUUUAUUGUUGGGAAAAUUUCAAAAAAAAAGAAAGCGCAAGGGAUUACAGACUUCAAAAAGAUUUAAGCAUAGAAAAUAUGAAGUGGCAGACUUAUGCACAUGCUUUAGUGUAUAUCUCUAAAAUACAUGCUUUUAUUCAGUUUAUAUCUUAUAAGCCGUUUUCAGGUCACAAAUACAUUCCAAUUUUUUAUCACACAAGGAAACUUGAAUUCGCACUGUAUUUCUUCAUUAAAAAGGUGACUAUCGUACUAAAUUUUGAGUUGUCACUUUUAAUCUCGUCAUUUCUUACAUUCCCGGAAAGAGCAAUCAGUGAUAUAUUUCAACAGAAUGAUCAUGAAAGAUCUGAAAGACCCAAAUUACCACAAGCUGCAUUAUGUAAUCUGCAUCAGCAAAGACACUUCGGUGAUCGAUCGUCGUUUUUAUUUUUAACAUUAAGCAAACUUUAG